AUGUCACAACCAGUACAACCUAUAGUAAAAAUUUUUACUCCACCAUCGUCUCCACCUACGAUGACAGGUCAAGAGGAAUGGGAUAGUGUUGACGAUUUUUCUGUAGAUUCUUUGCGUGCUGAAGUCUCUUCUACUUCUACUGCGCAAAGUAUUUUUACACCUAGUUCGCCUCCUGAAGAAAUAAAUGGCGAAGAGCUUCCUAAUGAUUGUGAAGUACCUAAAAAUUCAUCAACUGAACUUCUACAAAAAAUGGGGCAUUGGUUUUAUAACACGAAGCUUGUUCAAUAUAUGAAAUCAGAUGAAAGGUCAAGGGUCAAACAAAUUUAUUCAACGAAUUCUAUAUGGAUGCUUGGAAUUGAAUAUAAAUUUCCGGAGGAUUGCGGGACCGUCAACCUUCCGAAGUUUGAUAAUGAUAAAGCUCGAAGUAGUCGAGCAUCUUCAUUUUUAAAUUUAGUUUUUGGUUCUUCUGAAGAAGAUAAUGAUUAUGAUGAUACGUCAGCAAAUGAUCGAAAUCAUAAUGAUGAUUCUAUUCAAUCACAUAAAUUAGGCAAGUCUCGUUCUUUUUCACAAGCUGUAUAUGGUGUUGACGGCCAACAUUUAGGUGUGCCUCAUCCAAAAGCUACCCCAAGGGUAACUCCUAAUUCGUCGUUGACGGGGCCAAAUAUAGUUAUCCAACGUUUAAGGACAUUAUCCUUCUCCCAAAAAUCUCCACCUGAAAAUAAAUCUUUUCCUGAUUUAUCAAUUUCAAAUACUGAGAAUCGUGUUAAUUCUGGAUCUUCGAAUCCUGUGUAUAGGCAAGGUGGUAGACGGUUACAUUCGUUUUCGUUUAUCAAAAAGUCUGAUUCUCCUGAUAUUUCACAAAUGGAUUCAAAAUCUUCUUCCAUAAUUCAAUCUGAUAAUUCAAUAAUUUCCACUCCAACAAAUAAUCAUUUACAAGCUCCUAAUCCAAAACGUUCUUCAAUAAUUGCUCCAAAUUUUUUACAAAAAUUUUCAAAUUCAAAUCAAGGGGUUGAAUCUUCAAAUUUAACUGCUCACGGUAUUUUUUCAUCAAAACCAAAAAAGCCUCGUCGAAUGACUUUUGCAGGAAUUUUCUCUGGUAAGGAGAAAAAUAAGCUUGGUAAUUCUUCACGUAAAUUAUAUCCACAUGCUGAAAUAGAAAGUGAUGUGGAUUCUAAAUUUUCUGGAAAUGAAUCAAGGCUUAAGUACACAAGUUUUGAAGAUAUUGAUAAUUCUAGAAAUCAGAUCGCCGAAAUUUCUUAUCCUGAAGAUGUAAUAUAUAGCUCUGGGGAGAGUGAUGACGGUGACAUCAAUUCAAGAACUGAUGAGGUUGAAUUGGAUGCACUUUCUGGUGAUAAUGUUUCUGUGGAAACUGUGACAAGAGAAUCUAUUUUACAAAAAGGCAUUAAAUAUUUUAAUUUAGAUAAUAAUAACGUUAAAGAUUUCUCAGAUGAUAAUAUACGACAAACUAACUUGCAAGUUAAUACAGAUUCUUUGCAUAAAAGAAAGAUAUCCGAUGCUGGAUCUGUUAGAUCAACUAGUUCAUUUCAGUCAAUAUCAACACCAACUAGUCUUUAUAAACUUGACUCAUUUGGUUCAAUGUCACCAAACCAAAAAAAAUUGAUGGACUUUUAUUUGGAUUUUCAAUCAAGAAUUUUUUGUUGUUAUCGAAAAGAUUUUCUUCCUAUCGAACCAGCUUUUCAUACUACCGAUACGGGUUGGGGUUGUAUGCAUAGAACUGGUCAGAGUUUACUAGCUCAAGGGUUUUUGUGCACCCUUUUAGGGAGAGACUGGAGAUUACAUAAUGACCAAAAAGAAUCUGACAAAUUAAUAUAUCGCAAGCCCGAACAAUACUAUUCUAUUCAUAACAUUGCACGUACGGGAAUUGCAUUGGAUAAAAAGAUUGGAGAUUGGUUUGGUCCUGCUACAGUAGCACACGUAUUAAAGAGAUUAUCUUUGAAUCAUAAAGAAUGCCCGCUAACUAUUCACAUUCCAGCAGAUAACGCCAUAUAUAGGACGGAGGUGAUUAAUAUAGCUAUGGGAGAAUAUGAUAACAAUUUAUUCAGUGAGCAAAAGGAAUGGAAACCUAUACUUAUAUUACUUUCUGUUAGAUUGGGUACAGAUAGGUUUAAUCCAAGCUAUUUUGGAAAUUUGAAGACUCUUUUUACAUUCCCUCAAUUCUUGGGAAUCGCAGGCGGUAGACCAAGAAAGUCUUUAUAUUUUGUAGCUGUUCAGGAUGAUGAGCUCUUAUAUCUUGAUCCACAUUUUGUUCGACCUGCAAUAAAUCUCAAUAAAACCACAGAAUUUCCGCUUGAAGAUUACCACUCUACAAUUGUUCGAACAAUGGAUAUCAGCGAAACGGAUCCCUCAAUGCUUUUGGGAUUUUUGUGCCAAAGACGUCAAGAUUUUGAUGACCUUUGCGAACGAGCUGAACGGACAAUGAAUCCGCAAUUCCCGAUUUUCACUAUAUUGAAUAUGUCCCCCAUGCGAGAAACUUGGCUGAGCACUUCGUCUAUGA